UGGCAUGGCAUGACGCCAUAGAAGUAAUAACAUGAGGUUCACACUUGACAGAGGCCACUGAUCACUUCCUGCUUCUUUGUCACCUCCCAUUUCUCACAUCUUUUCCCUCUCAAAAAUAUGCAACUUCUUCACGUUCCUUCUUCACCAUACCUCUCUUUUCAAACCCUAAAAACACAUUCAGAAGCAGCAGGACUGGCUUUAUAUGAGAAGCCUCUUCUAUCAUCAUCUUCUAUAUUUUGUUCUCUUCAGCAAGAAAGAGUUGAAAGGUCUAAAUGGGUAUCACGUAGAGGCUCUGUGUUAAGCUCCUUCACGACUAAAGCUGCUUCUUUGGAAGCUGGCGCUGCUGCAGUAUCAGAUGGGAAAGCUGAGAGUGCUGUACUGAAAGCAUUGUCUCAAAUCAUUGAUCCAGACUUCGGGACUGACAUUGUCUCAUGUGGAUUUGUGAAAGACCUGCAAAUCAAUGAGGCUUUGGGAGAGGUUUCAUUUCGGUUAGAGCUCACUACACCAGCAUGUCCAGUAAAGGACAUGUUUGAGCAAAAGGCAAAUGAGGUGGUGAACGAGCUUUCUUGGGUCAAGAAUGUCAAUGUGACUAUGUCAGCACAACCGGCAAAACCCCUUUAUGCCGGGCAACUUCCAGCAGGGUUACGGACAAUUUCAAAUAUUGUGGCAGUUUCUAGUUGCAAGGGAGGCGUGGGAAAAUCAACUGUAGCAGUAAACUUAGCAUAUACUUUGGCUGGUAUGGGUGCUAGAGUUGGUAUAUUUGAUGCUGAUGUCUAUGGUCCUAGUCUACCAACGAUGGUCUCCCCUGAAAACCGAAUACUAGUAAUGAACCCAGAGAAGAAAACCAUUAUUCCUACUGAAUACUUGGGAGUGAAAUUGGUGUCUUUUGGAUUUGCCGGACAAGGUCGUGCAAUAAUGAGAGGUCCAAUGGUCUCUGGGGUCAUUGAUCAGCUUCUAACUACAACAGAGUGGGGAGAACUGGAUUAUCUUGUUGUUGACAUGCCCCCUGGAACUGGUGAUAUUCAGCUUACUUUGUGCCAGGUAGUUCCAUUGACUGCUGCUGUUAUUGUCACCACCCCUCAAAAGCUAGCGUUUAUUGAUGUUGCAAAAGGAGUUCGCAUGUUUUCAAAGUUGAAGGUGCCAUGUGUUGCUGUAGUUGAGAAUAUGAGCCAUUUUGAUGCUGAUGGGAAGCGUCAUUACCCAUUUGGUAAAGGCUCAGGCUCAGAGGUUGUAAAGCAGUUUGGUAUCCCAAAUCUAUUUGAUCUUCCCAUUAGACCAACUCUAUCUGCUUCUGGAGAUAGUGGGGUACCUGAAGUGGUAGCUGAUCCUCUAGGUGAAGUUUCUAAGACAUUUCAGGAGCUUGGAAUAUGUGUUGUGCAACAGUGUGCUAAGAUUCGCCAACAAGUCUCAACAGCAGUGACCUAUGAUAAAUCUCUCAAGGCAAUAAGAGUGAAGGUACCAGAUUCAGAUGAUGAAUUUCUUCUCCAUCCCGCAACUGUGAGACGGAAUGACCGCUCUGCCCAAAGUGUGGAUGAGUGGACAGGGGAGCAAAAAUUGCAGUAUAAUGAUGUUCCAGAAGAUAUUGAACCUGAAGAAAUUCGGCCCAUGGGAAAUUAUGCCGUGUCAAUAACAUGGCCAGACGGAUUUAGUCAGAUCGCACCCUAUGAUCAGCUGCAGACAAUGGAGCGGUUAGUUGAUGAAUUUAAUCAAUUCCUUCCCCCGAUUCCUUCCCAGGUAUGAUAGCAUCAAGAGAUACUAAUGGAUAUUAGGGUGUCAAAUCCUUAUACACACAGAUAGUUUGCUCUGUAAAAUUAGACUGGGGUUCUAAUGCUCCUGAUUUGGGGCAUAUUUGUGUAAGACCAUUCCAGUAAUAGAAGUUUUACUAUAUCUGGUGCACUUGGCCUCCAUGAUUCAAACUGUCACCCCACUUCGGCUUGUUCAAGCUCCAAAGUUAGGAUCCUGAACUCUCUCAUCAUCAAAGAUAGCAUACGUAUCACUAUUUCAACAAGUCACUGUUUGCACUUCCCAUAUUCA